UUUGAAUACGUAUAAAUGCACCGAUAUUAAAUUCAAAGGCUUAGUGGGUUGGGAUUGGGAAGUGUACUGGUAGUGCUGAAGUCAUAUCAGUUUUCUUUCCAAAAAUUUUAAAGUUAUUUACCCACAAUAAAUUGCAUUAAUUAGGUUUGCUACUCAAAACGUGUGUUCCAACUUAAAUGAAAAUAGAAAGCCGAGCAAAUAAUACGACGUCGUCUUAUAAAGAAAACCUCAAAAAGGGCAAAAAAAAAAAAAAAAAAACACGCGUGCUCUCUUCUUCUUCCACCGAAAUUCAAACAUUUUUUUAUUAUAAAAUAGCUAAAAACUAGAAAGUGGCUUUGGAGAUUUUUUUUAAUUUAAAAUUUUGAAAUUCAAGGCGAGAAAAAAGAGUUCAAAAUUGAAAUUGAAGGUGUAAUGGUUCUCCAAGACUCAAACUACGAGGCACGAAGGGACUUUCCAUAGCCCGUCGAUACCUGCCAGAAUUUCCACUUUCCGUUUAGUCUCUCAGGUUUAGCUCAUUGGCAAAAUCCUACGCUCAAUUCAGUUCAGUUGGUAAAAUUCAAGAAAGAGAGGAAAAUGACGCUUCUAAGUAGAUUCUUUUACAAAAGACCCCCAGAUGGGUUGCUUGAAUUUGUAGAGAGAGUAUAUGUGUUUGAUUCGUGUUUUUCCACCGAGGUCUUGCCUGAGGAAAUGUACCAAAUAUACCUAGAUGAAAUUAUUACUGAGUUACAUGAAGAAUUCCCGGACUCAUCCUUCCUUGCAUUCAAUUUUCGUGAGGGUGAGAAACGUAGCCAGUUUGCUGAGAUACUAUGCGAAUACGAUGUUACAGUUAUGGAUUAUCCGCGGCAGUACGAGGGUUGUCCAAUCCUCCCAUUAUCUCUCAUUCAACAUUUUCUCCGUGUUUGUGAGAGUUGGCUCUUGCUUGACAAGCAACAGAAUGUUAUUCUUCUCCAUUGUGAGAGGGGAGGUUGGCCACUCUUGGCAUUUCUUUUAGCUAGCUUUCUCAUUUUUAGGAAAUUGCAUAGUGGUGAACGAAAGACUCUUGAAAUUGUACAUCGAGAAGCUCCUAAAGGUUUCUUGCAGCUCUUGUCGCCUUUGAAUCCUCUUCCGUCUCAGCUUCGAUACCUUCAGUAUGUGGCAAGAAGAAAUAUAGCUCCAGAGUGGCCACCUCCUGAGAGAGCACUUUCUUUAGACUGUGUCAUUCUUCGAGCCAUUCCAAACUUCGAUACCCAUAAAGGCUGCACUCCAAUUAUCCGUAUUUUUGGUAGGAAUCUACUUAGUAAGGGUGGGCUUUCGACCCAGAUGAUAUUCUCCAUGCCCAGGAAGAAGACACUUCGGAACUACCGUCAAGAAGACUGUGAUGUCAUCAAAAUUGACAUUCAGUGUUUAGUGCAAGGAGAUGUUGUAUUGGAGUGUGUCCAUGUAGAUUUGGAUCCAGAGAGGGAAAUUAUGAUGUUCCGUAUUAUGUUCAACACUGCAUUUAUUCGUUCCAAUAUACUGAUGCUGAAUUCGGAUAACUUAGACAUUCUAUGGGAUUCAAAGGAACGCUAUCCAAAAGGCUUCCGAGCUGAGGUAUUGUUUGGGGAGUUUGAGAGCAUCUCUCCUCCUAAAGCUCCAACUACAAUUUUAAAUGGCGAGGAGAAAGGUGGAUUGCCCCUUGAAGCUUUUUCGAGGGUUCAAGAACUUUUCAAUGGGGUUGAGUGGGUUGAUAGCAAUGAUGAUGCAGCCUUGUGGUUGCUUAAACAGCUCUCUGUACUAAGCGAUGCAAAAGAAAUUUCAAGGUUGCAAAACAAAGUGAAUUUAUAUUCGUCACCUGCUGACUCUGAAGAAGAAAAUAAUGCAUCUAGCACUGCUGACAGUGCUGAUGAAGCGUUUGAUACUGUUUCCAAGGCUUCAGCAGAUUCAACGAAAGCAUUGAUGCUGGACACAUUUGAUUCAAUGCCUGUAUCAUUUGAAAAUGAUGGUCCACCAGAAGCGAACCUUGCUUCAGAGUCUCCUGAUCAAGAGUUAAUUGGACCUGUUCUGCACUCUCUUCAUCAACAAUCAUUAGAUACAAGUAAUGGAUCUCCACCUUGUUCAUCCCCUCAAUCAUUGCCAUUACCACCACUAUCAAUGGAACCAUUAUGUCCUGUGCUUCACCCUCCACCACCACCACCACCGCCACCACCACCACCGCCGACGCCACCACCAGCUCCUUCCGUUGGUGCUUGUAGAGAUUCUUUAGACGCCCUACCUUCCAGUACUAGCAGAGGUCCACCAAUACCACCACCUAUUGCUCUACCUGGUUGUGUCUCUAGCAAAGAUCCACAAACUAUGUCUCCCCCACCACCACCACCUCCUCCUAAAAUCUAGUCAGAGUCUUUGCCGCCACCCCCGCCUCCACCUCCUCCGUUUUUUGGGAAGUGCACCCAACAAGUACAAUCAAUAGCAGCACCGCCUCCUCUUCCUGCAACUAAACAAGCUACAACCACCUCCUCCUCCUCCACCAUCCAUCACCGCCUCCCUCCACCUCCUCCACCAUCCAGAUCAAGUUAUGGUAGUGGACCAACACCUCCUCCACCUCCUCCUCCUAUGAGUGGUAGCCUUGGUAAUAAUACUAGGCCAUCACCCCCACCUCCACCUCCUUUAGGACCGGGAAGGCCAACCCCGCCACCUCCACCACCAGCACCAAUGCCCCCAAGUGCUCCUCCUCCACCCUCAAGUCAUGGUGCAACACCACCUCCUCCACCACAUGGAGCAAAGGGCUCUAAUGCACCACCGCCCCCGCCACCAGCCAUUGGAAGGGGCAGAGCUUCUUCUGGGUUGACAAGUCUUGGAAACGGUCGUGGCAUUGGUGCUACUAAUGCCCCGAAGAAAAAUUCGUUAAAGCCCUUACACUGGGUCAAAGUUACUCGAGCAAUGCAAGGGAGUUUAUGGGCAGAUUCUCAGCAACAGGAAAAUCUGUCAAGGGCUCCAGAUAUAGAUAUGACAGAACUUCAAAAUCUGUUUUCAGCAGCCUCUGCUUCAGAUGGGAAUGGCAGUAGGGGUGGAGGUCGACGCGGUUCUACCAUCACCAAACCUGAGAAAGUGCAAUUGGUUGACUUGCGACGAGCAUAUAACUGUGAAAUCAUGCUCUCAAAAGUAAAGAUCCCUUUGCCAGAUAUGAUUAAUGCAGUUCUGGCCCUGGAUUCUUCUGUUCUUGACAUUGACCAGGUUGAGAAUCUCAUUAAAUUUUGUCCUAGUAAAGAAGAAAUGGAAACUUUGAAGAACUAUACAGGCGACAAGGAAAUGCUAGGAAAAUGUGAACAGUUUUUCGUAGAGCUGAUGAAGGUUCCACGAGUAGAAUCCAAGUUGCGAGUAUUUGCUUUCAAAAUUACCUUUUCUAGUCAGGUGAAUGACUUAAGACUUCAUCUGAAUACAAUCAAUGGUGCUGCUAGAGAGGUUAAAGAAUCCGCAAAACUACGACAGAUAAUGCAGACAAUUCUUACUUUGGGAAAUGCCUUGAAUCAAGGCACUGCUCGAGGAUCUGCCAUAGGAUUCAAAUUGGACAGCCUUCUUAAAUUGUCUGACACCCGUGCAAGAAACAACAAAAUGACUUUAAUGCAUUAUUUGUGUAAGCUCAUUGCUGAGAAAAUGCCAGAGUUGCUGGAUUUUAAUAAGGAUCUUGUUCAUUUAGAAGCUGCCUCUAAGAUUCAGUUGAAAGCUUUGGCUGAAGAAAUGCAAGCUGUGAGUAAAGGUCUUGAAAAGGUUGAGCAAGAACUUGCUGCUUCAGAAAAUGAUGGAGCAAUCUCUGCUGGCUUCCAAAAGGUCCUGAAACAUUUUCUUGAUACUGCUGAAGCCGAAGUAAGGUCACUAAUAUCCCUGUACUCUGAAGUGGGAAGAAAUGCAGAUUCUUUGUCUCAAUAUUUUGGGGAAGAUCCAGCUCGGUGUCCUUUUGAACAAGUGACACAGGUCUUGUUCGUUUUUGUCAAGAUGUUCAACAAGUCACGAGAGGAAAAUGAAAGACUCGCGGACGUCGAAAAAAGGAAGCUUGAAAAGGAAGCCAUGAAAGAACGAACUGUAACUAAUUCAUCUGCAAGGAAAGAUGGUGUUAAAUAGAGCAACAUGAUAUAUACACAUGUUUAUUUUUUGGUGGGUAAAAUCAAUAUAUUGCAGAAACAGGCGGUCAAUUUUAGAAUUGACUUUUAGUUCAUGCCCAAAUUCGACCAACAAUUUACACAAGGUUGACAAGUGCAAGUGGAAAUUCUGAUGUGUGCCCAAUUAUUUUAAAGAGGCAGGUUUUUACUUUUUCCGAAGCUGCUGUUUAGGUCGAGAUGGCAGCCAGAUGGCAACUUGACCUUUGCUCUCUUUGAAACAUCCUCGACCCAUGGAUCAAUUGUAUUCAAGCUGUAAAUAUUAUAAGAACAGAUGCUAGCAUUGUAAUCCUUUGCUUGCAUCGCUUGAAACAUUUUCUAGCAUCUUAUCUGAUUUCGUGUUAUGUCAAUUUCUCCCUGUACUAGACAAUCACAAUUUUGUGCCUCCCAAAUUGGUUGAUGUCUGUGAUUACGAGGUUGGUUAUCAAUGAUCUUGUCACAGGUACAAA